AGGUUCUGAGAAACCACAGGAGGCUGAGACCUAAAGGGAAGGUGCAGAGGCUCUGAGAGGAGAGGCAGCGAAAGUGUCGGAGUGCUGGGCAGAAGGACAGAGUGCUUCUGGGACAGGUGAGAGCAGGGAGCCAAGGGCCACAUCAAAGUGACAGAGAAGGACAAAGGAGAGGCAGAGAAGCAAGACAGAAAAGCACACCAAGAGCACAAAGGAAGCUGAAGAGACCCCGGGAGCCAGAAACAGCAGCCAUGCCCCACAGCUCCGACAGCAGUGAUUCCAGCAGCUUCAGCCAGUCUCCCCCUCCCAGCAAGCAGGACUCUUCUGAUGACGUGAGGAAAGUCCAAAGGAGGGAGAAGAAUCGCAUUGCUGCCCAGAAGAGCCGCCUGAGGCAGACCCAGAAAGCAGACACAUUGCACUUGGAGAGUGAAGACUUGGAGAGACAGAAUGCUGCCCUGCGCCGGGAGAUCAAGCAGCUGACAGAGGAAAUGAAGCACUUCACCUCGAUGCUGAACUCCCAUGAACCACUCUGCUCCAUCCUGACAUCCCCUCCACCACCUCCAGAAGUGCUUUAUGCCACACACUCUUUUCACCAGCCCCACAUUAGCUCCCCACGCUUCCAGCACUGAGCCAGCCAGCAGGACAGCAGCCUGCCAGCUCCACUGAUGGCAAGAAGUAACUUCGUGGGGCUUGCUUUUCCAUCCAAGGGAAGGAAUUGGACAGAUGGACAUUCCUUCUGAAAGUAUGUAUUCUGAGUGAUUUGCCUAAGACUUGCUUCCUGUGCAGAAAUGGCAGAGUCACCAUGAGGCAUCUUUGGACAGUUUCCAGCUUGGAUUCUGGGAGGAAGAAGCAGUCACAAAAGGGCACCAGCCCCUUUCUCUGGUCCUUGUUUGGGGAGACUUGCAGGAGUGUGCAUCACCAGCAGCCUCCAUAAGAGCAGCUGGCUGUGGCACACCACAGCCAGACCUCCAGGAAGAGGAAAGGGAGCAGGGGUGGAGGGGAAGGUUGGGGGGCCACAGAGUGUCAGGGCAAAACUGGUUUAUUUUUGUAAAAUAAAGAUUGAAAAUGCUUAA